CACACCCUUUGAGGCUAUAAUUAAAUAACGGAAUAAUUAGUAGAUUAAAUGCACUUUAGAUACAGCACAUGCUAUACUGUAUAGGCUAAACACUUCCUCCGUCUGAGACUAAACACGUGUGGUGUAAUUCCAGUGACUCGGCUCGUUCUCUCCUCCCAGACAGAUGAUCUUGAAAGUUAAGCUGUGUACUUUCACUUUGCGUGUGUUCUGGAAACGUGUUACAUUCUGUUUCUUCCUUCAAGGAGCGUUCAUAACAGUAGACUACCUUUGGUUAAAAAGUGUCGGGGUUUUAACAGGAAUUACGACAUGCUGAAAACAGUGAGAGUGUUUUGCGGAAACCGAAUCGUCGACUUAUUAAUAAUAAGUCUCCUCAUGUGUUUCUUCGCCCUCUUGUCUGAAGUUACUACAGAACCAGUGAAAACACCACCACCCACAGUUGAAAUAAUUCAGAAUGGAAGUCAUCUGAAUUUUAUAGCAAGCCCCCCUAACUCAAGUUCACCUCACUGCUGGCAAUACACGUUUCAGUACAGAAAAUGCAAUGAGAAACCAGUCGAUGUUACUGCAACUGAAAAAGACAAAUGGCUCACCAAGGUGGAAUACGACGCUGCCUGCAAGUACACUGUUCAAGUGCAGGCAAAAUACGAUACAAUGUACUGUGGAAAAGCUGAACCUGACAGUGACAUGAGCAAACCUGUGUAUUUUGGUGUGAAUGGUGAUCCAAGUGUGCCAUUUAAAGUGGUUAUGAUAAUCAUCCCUGUAAUAGUGUGUGCUUGUCUUUUCAUUGCUAUAGUGCUGUAUAGGAGGUACAAGGACAAGAUUCUCCCCAAAGUUCCCAGGCCAUCAGAUCUCUUCAAGGAUAUGAUGGACAAUAACAGAGAAGUGAUAAGGAACCUAGAGCUCUAUGUGCCUAAAGAAGAGGUGGUGGAUAAGAUCCAUGCGGAGUCGACAUGCCUACAGCGCGGAUUCUAAUCACCACAUACAGGAUGAACAUAUUCCAGAUGAAGAUGCUCAGCAAAGAAGGAAAACAGUGCAGCUUUGCAAAUACACUGUUACCCUAGCCAAAGUGCAGCCAUAAUAUACUAUCAAAUGUGAUAUCUUCUAUAAUUCUGCCAGAUGUUCUUCAUUGCCUUAUUCAAAUCAGAGCUGGAGACUGAGAUGGUCAUGAGAGAAACUUCUUUCAAAAUAGUUUUCUGUUGACUUUGUGUUAUUUUGGGACUGAUAUUUUCCUGCCUUUAAUUUUUAAUGCCUGAGUGAUACACACCACUCUAAUAUGGAAAAAAAAAUUUUAACAGCAGGCCAGAAUUUGUUUUCUAAACUGUGGUGCUGUUGCUGGGUGUCAGUACUGAAAAAUGUUCAAAAACACAUUGUUUUCCAUCCAUUAUCUAUGUCAGUUUCAGUGCAGGUUGCCAAUUUAUCACAGGGCUAUAUUAAUUUUUGUCACAUAUUACUGAAUCAGACACAUUUCUAGGCCAAGAGAAUAUGGUUGUGGUGAGGUUGUGGCUAAAUGCUAGAUAGCUAGGUCAUAUUCUCAGUGAGGAGUUGCCUAUAAUGGACAUGUUUAGCUAGCUAUGCUUGUUCAGCAACAAUGUGAUUUUUGGAAUCUGGUUAAGUGAUGUCCUCGAUGUCAUAUUUGUCAAACAUUAUAUCUUGAACAUGUCCACAGAGAAAAAAAUUGUAAGCAUCAAGGGCCUUGUAUGCCUUCCAGGACCGGCGUGAGAUUGACAACCGUGCUCUACACUCCUCUCCCCAAACAUGCUCUCUUCUGGACUUGUCCUUCAGCUGUAGACAGGCAGUAUGCGUUCAUGUGUUUUAAAGGAGUGGCAUUGGAAGUAGAGCUGAAGGGAGGGGUUGGAAUUUUUCAUUUGGAUACUUUCAAAAUCUUUUGAAAAAAUUGCUGCUCUGUGUGUGUGUGUUUCAACAGUAAUAUGAAAUUUAUUGUGUCACCAACAUGCAGGGGCGGCCUGGUGGUGUAGUGGUUAGUGCUGUUGCCUCACAGCAAGAAGGUCCGGGUUUGAGUCCCAUGGCUGACGAGGGCCUUUCUGUGCGGAGUUUGUGUGUAGAUGUGAAUGGCUGUCUGUGUCUAUGUGUCAGCCCUGUGAUGACCUGGCGACUUGUCCAGGGUGUACCCUGCCUUUUGCCCGUAGUCAGCUGGGAUAGGCUCCAGCUUGCCUGCGACCCUGUAGAACAGGAUAAAGCGGCUAGAGAUAAUGAGAUGAGAGAUGAGACCAACAUGCAGCCCAGUGGGAAUUCUCCUGGUAUUCCCAAUUAGCCACUCUGGCACUGAUGCCAUCAGUUUUUUUCUAGUAUAAAUGUUCAGAGUUUCUAUGAGACAUGGAGUAUAUAUGUCUGGUCACUGUAGGCUAUACUACCAAUUAGGAUCAUUUAGCCACUUACAGGACACCAGAUGUUCUAGAGUUACACCACUGGAAAGUGUUUGCUAGCCAAAUGACAUGUCCUGUCUUUUAGUGGUAAUCCAUAAUCAUAAGCGGAAAUCUUUUUAGCGAAUGUCAAUCCAAUUCCUUAAUAAAUUCUUGAUUUUGGAUAAAUAAUAAUUCCUAAAUAAAUUCUUGAUAGAUUCUGUAGUCAGAUUAUAACCAUGUAGCAUCAGGUUGCUUUGUUUACUGAGGUCUUUUUGCAGCCAGUUUGUGGGCACAUACUGUAUCUUUUCCUUUAUAUCUGUUUUCAUUUUUAUUGUUGAUAUAUAAAUUGUAAAGUAGAUGGACAUUUUUUUCUAUCAAAGAUUCUAAAAAUCUAUGCUAACGUUUGCACUCCACUGCAGUAUGAGUCCCAUUUAUGAAUGUAGAGUAAUAUGUCUGUUGCUAUGUUCAACAAAUCUAAAUAAAAUAUCAUUUAUUUUAA